AUGGGGAACCAGCAGAGCAACCAGGUGGCCGAGGUGGAGAUCAACAAGGACCUCGAGGACAAGGAGCCCAAGCUGGCCAGCGUCAACAAGGAGUCGUUCAUCGUGAGCGGCGCCGGCCUUGCGGACGGGGAGGCGUACCGCGCGCUGCUGCACGAGUACCAGAUGACGAGCACCACGCUCGGCGAGGGCGGCUUCGGCAAGGUCCGCCUCGCCACCUCCAGUCGCACGGGCCACCAGGCGGCCGUCAAGAUUGUGCGGCGCAACAAGCUCAACGAGCGCGCCGAGCUGCUCCUGAAGAGGGAGGUCGCGUACCACGAGAAGCUGCGCCACCCCAACAUCGUCCGCCUCUUCACCUGGAUCAAGACGCCGUCUCGCUACUACCUCGUGAUGGAGUACUGCGACCGCGGCGACCUGCUCCAGCACAUCAACGCGAACGACCUGCUCCCCACCGCCGAGGUCCGCUCGCUCUUCUCGCAGCUGCUGCACGGGCUCCGCUUCUGCCACUCGCUCGGCGUCUUCCACCGCGACCUCAAGCUCGAGAACCUGAUGCUCUGCACGCCCGCCGCAGUGCCGCCGCCCACCGCCUCCGACGCAGAGGUCGCCGAGGCCGCAGAGGGGGAGGCUGCCGACCGCACCUCGUCGGCCUCCAUCGACAUGCACGCGGCGCCGCGGCCGGCGGCGGGCGUCGCGCUGCUGAAGAUCGCCGACUUUGGGCUGUCGACGCUGCGGCCGCACACGAACCACUCGGCCACACACUGCGGCUCGCCGCUCUACGCCGCGCCCGAGCUGAUGGGCGCCGCUCCCGCCCUCGAGAGCGGCGGGCGCCGAUGCGCCCGAGUCGGACGCGCGCUCGUGCCUGGAGUCCUCUCGAGGGUACUCUGCCCUCGUGCAGGCCUCAUCCGCAUGAUCCAAAAGGGCGUGCCGAGCGCGCCGCUGCCGGCCAAGCGCGGCCAGGCGGCGGCGGGCCUGGUGCAGCAGCUGCUCAACAUCGACGCGGCGUCGCGCCCCUCCGCCGACGAGACGCUCAAGGACGCGUGGCUGGCCGACGACGAUUCCAAGCCGGAGGUGAAGCGCGCGCGCUCGCUCGCCGACAUGGACGUGAGCGGCGCGGUGGCGGCCGCGGCGGCGCCAGACGCUUUCCCGCAGCCAGCGACGCCUGGGCAGCGCGGCGUGUCGAUGACGACCGCCGCGAUGAAGCGGAUGCUGGCCGCCGAGCAGAAGGCGGCCGAGGCGGCGGCCGAGGGGGGCGGCACGUCGCAGGGAGGGGCGGCGGAGAGGGCGGACUCGACGUCGCCGCGCUUCACGGUGGGCGCCGCGCCGGCGAGGGAGCCGGGCUCGCGCAUGACGCGCGAGGAGCUGGCGAGGAUAAAGGCGGAGGCGAAAUCGUCGGCCAUGGACACCUCCGGCGGGUGACGAGGCGGGGCUUGGGGGAUGAGCUGUGACGAUGUGCCGGGCGGGAGCGGGAGCAGGUGCCACUCUAAGCGCGCAACGCUCGCGUGGCUCACCUAAAACACUCUGGUGGCGAUGUCGCAGUUGCGGGUUGUGCGGUGGAUUGUGGAGACAGGAGACAGGUGGCCUCAGUUAAAGUAC